UACGGAGCUGUCCGUCUGGUUUUAAUCAAAACCAAAUGGCAAUCCAAGUUCCCAGGCUGGAAAAACUCAGAGGAAAUCAUUCAGAGAAGGCAGAAGAAAGCAGAAAAGAUAAACAGCAGAUAGUUUCACCAAAUCUGUAUCGAAUAGAGGAUGUAGAUGCUGUGGGCUGCUCCAGAGAUACGAUUCCAGCAGUCUGUCAGACUGCAAAAGAGUAGUUACAAGGGUUUUAUGUCAGCUGAAUUCUAAUAUGAUCAAGAUGGAGUCUGUCCUCAAGUUUUUACAGUCGUGGAUCUGUGAGACUCUAGAGAAUACUCCAUAGAGAUAUGCAAGAGGUAAAACUAUCUCGUCUUGGGGAGAAGCUCAUGGAAGCCAUGAUGUGUCCUUUGGUCCUGGUUGUAUUACACUUUGAAGCCUGUUGCUAACCUGACAUGUCUCUAGCAAUCAGAAAAAGAAGCUGGGAGGAACAUGUGACCCAAUGGAGGGCCUCCGCUUUUGGUUCUAUUGAUUCAAACAUAUUAUGUAGGCAUGGCCUAGUAGCUGACAACUUGCAGGAAAACAUGGAAAAGAAUGGACUUCAGAGUGAAGGCUGGAAAGAGAAAAGUGCUUCCUUGCCCGAUUGUUGUCAUGGUGGAGAGCUGAUAGGUUUGCCCUCAAAGCUGCUCAGUAAUGUCUCCAAAGAGGUAGAUGAAAAUGACAAUCAUCAAGGGGAAGAAGAAUUUCUAUCUCUAGAAGCCAGCACAGAAACUUUGGUCAACCUUUCCAUUGGGAGUGAUAAUGAUGAUCAUGACGAUGGUGAUCAUGAUGAUCAUGACAACGAUACUGAUGUAAGGCUCACUCCAGAGAAAAUGCCCCAGACGUUUGCUCUGGUUGAAGAGGAAUUGUCAACUGGAAGGGACAUUAUUGAAAAAGAAGAAGGGCACUUCCACCUGGGAGAGGAAGCAAAGAAAGACUCUUAUCACACCUCUGGACCAAAUUGGAAAAUAGAUGAACCUAAUGAUGAGGCAUAUUCCAAUGCAGUGAAAGAAGAGGCAAACAUAUGCAAUAGUAGAGAAGAAAGUCUGGAAUAUCAUUGCAACAGCUCAUGUAGUAACAAAGAUGCCUCAAAAGAAAAUGAAUGUGAUCCUCAAAAUGUGGAAAAAUGUCUAUUUGAUGAGACAAUGAACCAUGCCGUUUUAGUUACUCAGCAACUUAAAAAUUCAGAUGUUCCUAAAGAGGAGAUGGAGACGACUGGCUGCAGUCCACUACCUGAUCAACUUUCUCCUGCUCAGAGAAGUGACAAUGUUGUGUUUACUACAGAUUCCAGUAAUUGUUAUUGUACCCUCUCAGAGAACAAUGGUUUGGAUGAAAAUAGUUUUGUGGAUUCCCAGGAUGAAUGUAUCACAAGUGUGGCCUUGAUGGAAGGUUUGACUGAGUUCAAGAAUAAAGAAACCACUCAGCAGCCUACAGAUGGUCAAGUCAUACUACGCAAAAGAAAGGAUGCCAGAGAAGAUCGAGAUCAGUCACGACUGGACUCCAUGGUACUGCUCAUUUUGAAACUGGACCAGCUGGAUCAGGACAUUGAGAAUGCCCUCACUGUAGGGUCCUUACCAUCCAGCAUGCUGACACAAACACGGAGGCCCGUACCUGACCUGGGAUCACAUGCAGAAAGUGGAGUAGAUGUUGCUACACUGAGCCAUCUGCAAACAAACAUACCACCAUCUCUUCCUCCUCCCUAUGGUGCUGAUCAAACAUUUCCCAUUCCAAUGGCUGGAUCUGGAGCUAAACCAAAGGCUGGGGCUGUACCAGUUAUUACAGAAAAGGAGAAGGCUGAGAUUGAGGCCAAGGAGGCAUGUGAUUGGCUGCGGGCAGCUGGGUUUCCACAAUAUGCACAACUUUAUGAGGAUCUUAUAUUUCCCAUUGACAUUGCUUCAGUCAAGAGAGAGCAUGACUUUCUGGACAGAGAUGCCAUAGAAGCCUUGUGCAGGCGGUUGAAUACACUAAACAAAUGUGCAGUGAUGAAGCUAGAGAUCAGUCCACACAGGAAACGGAGUGAAGAUUCAGAUGAGGAUGAACCUUGUGCAAUCAGCGGCAAAUGGACUUUCCAGAGGGACAGCAAGAGAUGGUCCCGGCUUGAGGAAUUCAAUGUUUUCCCUCCCAAGCAGGAUGUGAGCCCCUCAUCCCCAGACAUGCCUCCUCUAAGCACUGCAGAUAGUCAUGAAAGCAUGCUGACAGACCCCAGUGAUCACCAGGAAGUCAUUUCCAUCCACAGUAUCAGUAGCAACAGCAGUCCUCCCACAGCCUCCCAGAGUGAAUUAGCCACACCUAGGACCAAUUCGGUCAUUAGCAUUGGCUCAUCAAGCAAUCUACUGGGAAAUGAGGACUCCUUCAGCAGCAUGCCCUCACCUAAAGAGCUGUCAAACUUCAGUUUUAACAUGAAAGCUAAUGAGAAGAAUGCCAAGUCCAAAACAAGAAGCCUUUUAAAGAGGAUGGAGAGCCUUAAAAUAAAAGGUUCUCAUCAUGGUAAAAACAAAGCCCCUUCGAAGCUUGGCCUUAUCAUCAGUGGUCCCAUCUUGCAAGAAGGUGUGGAUGAAGAGAAAUUAAAGCAACUGAACUGUGUAGAGAUCUCUACCCUUAAUGGCAAUCACAUCAAUGUCCCUAUGGUACGCAAAAGAAGCGUCUCCAAUUCUACCCAGACCAGCAGUAGCAGCAGCCAGUCCGAGACUAGCAGUGCAGUCAGCACCCCUAGCCCCAUAACAAGGACACGGAGUCUCAGCACCUACAGUAAAAGGGUAGGGAUGUACCUGGAAGGCUUCGAUCCUUUCAACCAGUCAACAUUCAAUGAUGUCUUGGAGCAGAACUUUAAAAACCGGGAGAACUUUGCAGAAGACACCGUCUUCUUCAUUCCAGAAGACCACAAACCUGGAACGUUUCCCAAAGCUCUUUCUAAUGGGAAUUUUGCUCCCUCAGAGAACAGCACAUCUGUGAAUUGGAGAACGGGGAGUUUCCAUGGGCACGGUCAUCUCUCCCUCAGGAGGGAGACCAGUUCUGACAGCUCCAAAGAACUGAGUAUUGGAAAAAGACGCAAUUCUUCCAGCUCUAUGUGCAGUCGCCUCAGCAUUUAUGACAAUGUGCCAGGCUCUAUUCUCUAUUCCAGCACGGGUGACCUGGCUGAUCUUGAAAAUGAAGACCUUUUCCCUGAACUCGAUGACAUCUUGUACCAUGUCAAAGGCAUGCAGAAAAUUGUGAACCAGUGGUCAGAGAAAUUUUCAGAUGAAGGAGACUCAGACUCAGCUCUAGACUCAAUUUCUCCAUGCCCUUCAUCUCCCAAGCAGAUCCUCCUUGAUGUGGACAAUGAUAGGACAAUAGCCAGUGACCUGGACAGCACAGGAAAUUCACUGAACGAUACAGAAGAGCCUACAGGAAUUCAGGAGAGAAGGGACUCUGGGGUGGGUGCAUCACUGACACGGUCUAACAGGCACCGAAUGAGGUGGCACAGCUUUCAGAGUUCCCAUCGACCAAGCUUAAGCUCAGCAUCAUUGCAGAUUGACUGUCAGUCCGUGGCACAGAUGAACCUGCUGCAGAAAUAUUCCCUUUUGAAGCUAACGGCACUGCUGGAGAAAUACACACCUUCAAAUAAACAUGGCUUCAGCUGGGCUGUGCCAAAGUUCAUGAAAAGGAUAAAAGUCCCAGAUUAUAAAGACCGAAAUGUGUUUGGAGUUCCCUUAACAGUUAAUGUCCAACGUACAGGACAGCCUCUUCCGCAGAGCAUUCAACAAGCCAUGCGAUACCUUCGCAACCACUGCCUGGAUCAGGUUGGCCUUUUCCGAAAAUCUGGGGUCAAGUCAAGAAUCCAGGCAUUACGACAGAUGAAUGAAAGUUCAACAGGCAAGGUCAGCUAUGAAGGGCAGUCUGCAUAUGAUGUGGCUGACAUGCUGAAGCAGUACUUCCGUGAUCUCCCAGAACCACUCCUGACCAACAAACUUUCAGAGACUUUCUUACAGAUCUACCAGUAUGUGCCAAAGGACCAGCGUCUCCAGGCAAUCAAGGCAGCCAUUAUGCUUCUACCAGAUGAGAACAGAGAGGUCCUACAGAUCCUCCUAUAUUUUUUGAGUGACGUCACGGCUGCUGUGAAGGAAAACCAGAUGACGCCAACAAACCUUGCUGUGUGCUUAGCACCUUCUCUUUUCCACUUGAACACCCUGAAGAGGGAAAAUUCCUCACCAAGGGUGAUGCAGAGGAAGCAGAGUCUAGGAAAACCUGAUCAGAAAGAUUUAAAUGAGAAUUUGGCUGCCACACAAGGCCUGGGACACAUGAUUGCUGAGUGCAAGAAGCUGUUCCAGAUCCCUGAAGAAAUGAGCAGAUGUCGUAAUUCUUAUACAGAACAAGAUCUUAGACCUCUGAGCUUGGAGGAACUGGGGAAGGCUCAUAACUCCGAGCCUGCAGACUAUCGAUCUUACAUCCAGGACUGUAUGGAUGAUUUGCUCAAGGAGAUUAAAGAUAAAUUUAAAGGCUGGGUCAGCUGUUCCACCUCUGAGCAAGCUGAGCUUGCCUGCAAGAAGGUUUGUGAGGGUCCACCCCUACGGUUGUGGAAAUCCACUGUUGAAAUCCCUGCAACACCUGAAGAGGUCUUAAGCCGUAUACUUAAGGAACAGCAUCUUUGGGAUGAAGAUCUUUUAGAUGCAAAAGUGAUUGAAACUUUGGACAGCCAAACGGAUGUUUACCAAUAUGUGCAAAACAGUAUGGCGCCACACCCUGCCAGAGACUACGUAGUCCUCAGGACUUGGAGGAAAAACUUAUCUAAGGGAGCUUGUGCACUUUUAAGCUCCUCAGUGGACCAUGGUCGUGCUCCAGUUCUUGGUGUCAGAGUAAAUGUGCUCCUGUCCAGGUAUCUCAUUGAACCCUGUGGCCUGGGAAAAUCCAAACUCACCUAUAUGUGCAGAAUUGAUUUAAGGGGCCAUAAGCCUGACUGGUACACAAAGGCUUUUGGACAUAUGUGUGCAACAGACGUGGUUAAGAUCAGAGACUCUUUCAUUAAUCAGAAUCUUGAGGCUAAAGAAGGAAAAUCCAGGUGACAACCGAAGCAAACCAACAUUUCACUGGCAUACACAGAUAUUUUCAGGAACUGUUGAUUGUGUGCCCCAGAAAGGAUCACAGUGUGGCCUGUUAAGGCUUGUCCUGAAGGAGGAGUGUUUGGUUUGACAUUCUCACUCAAAUGUCUGUGGCAGUACCAUACAUUUUAAAGCUGCUUCCUGUUGGUGUUAGGCCUAUAGUGUAGGCCUUGACUGGAAUAUAUUGGAUGGUGCAACUAAAACAAAGAAGUAAUGUUAUACAUGUGUGUGUUUAAACAGUGUGAAUUGCUUCUGAGAAGCAAAACUCUUAAUACAUAAAUAUAUUUCUGGAAUAUAGUGGAAAGGAUUCAUUCGUAUAUAAUGUUAGCUUUAUGUGUAUAUCUGUGUGCCAUUUCUUGAGGGACCAUUUCAUCCACUAGAUUUGUUGGCACUCAUCAGUGGGUUCUUGCUAAAGUAAGUGAAGGAAGGUUUGCAUGGAAGUAGAAGUAUGAAUUGCUGAACAGAGUAUUAGAAAACAGAACAGUAAGUAUCAGUGUCUGGCACACUUGGAAGCAAUUGGAAAGACUUUAACAUGUGAAGGAGAUGUUCCAUUAGAACCCUUGACCAUGAAAAGCUUCAGAUCUUCACUCUUAGGUUCUGUAUUUCUCAUUUAUUUCAAAAAAAGGAAAAUGGAGACUUCCUUGAUAUGGUAAAGAAGAAAAAAGGCAGAACACCUAAUGCUGAUGUGACUGACUUAAUUUUUAAAAUGCCCAAUGCAUUUCAACAUAUUUCUUUUGCAGUGGCAGUAGUUCUGUAUGUGCACAAAUAUGAAAGCUUCCUGAGCAAUUACAACCAGACAGAUAUGAGCUCAUUACUGCAGGAAACUAACAGUCAUUCACAACUUCCCCAUGGGUCCACUUAUAUAAAAUAUCUAUUUGCCAUGCUCAGGCUUCAUGUUUUUCGGUGUUCAUUUAAAAUAUCUUGAAUAUACAGGUGUACCUCAGUUAACAAAGUAGAUAUAUUCCUAAACAUUUGGUUCAAAAGGCAGAUAUAACAUAGAAAGAAGAGGGAUAGGUUUUUAACACCAGAGCAAAAUAUAAAGGAAAUAAACAAAAACAUUAAUCUUCUAGAGACCGGUUGAAGACCUUUUCCAAAACAUAGGAAUGUCUGUUUUUGACUUUUUUUAACCACAUACAUCUCACUCUGGCUCACUACAGGAGCAAAGAUUUCUGAGUCUUCUGCUGAAAGACUCAGGAUGAAUCACUAAAAGCUUGAACAUCAGGGGUUGUCCUAUACUUUGCUUACUGAACUGGGAGUGGGUUCUGAGAGUCCAUUACAACCACUUCCUAUGUCUCUCUCCCCCAGUUAAUCUACUGUGUACUAUAUAGUGUGCCCUUGGUAUCCACUGGGGUUUGGUUCCAGGCUCCCCAUGGAUACCAAAAUCUGUAGCUACUCAAUGGUAUAGUAAAAUGGAGUCCCUCACAUAAAAUGGCAAAAUCAAGGUUUGCUUUUGGGAAUUUUUUUUUUUAAUAUUUUCAAGCUGUGGAUGGUUGAAUCCAUGGAUAAGGAAUUUGUGGAUACCAAGGGCUGACUAUAAAAAAAAAUUUUAGUUCCAGUAAACCUUUGCUGGCAUCCUAAAGUCUCCUGUCUGAUCCACCUCUUGGGCUGGUGCCACUGGGAGAUUUUCUCCUCCUUUGAAUGGGAAAGAGCCCACUUCCAGGCAUCUGUGUCCAAAAGCCUUCAUAAAAAGAAGAUUCACUCUCAGAGUGAAUCUAACUUGUUACCUGAGGUAUGCCUGUAUGCUUCAAACACUGAACAUGCCGAAAGUGACAGCACCCAGAAUUUUAGUUGUCUUAGUGAGAAUGACUGAGAACUAUGGCCCUUGGGAAAAAAUACAUACAGGGUUGAGUCUCCUUUAUCAGUGCUCCAAAAUCCUCAAUUGUCCAUAUGGGUGGUUGAGAUAGUGAACCUUUGCUUUCUGAUGGCUCAUUGUAAACAAACUUUGUUCAUGUACAAAAUUAUUUAAAAUGUUAUGUGUAAAAUUACUUUUGGACUACGUGUAUCAGGUAUAUACGAAACAUAAAUGAAUUUCUUGUUUAGACUUGGACCCCAUCUCCAAAGUAUUUCAUUUUGUAUAUAUGAAUAUUCCAAAAUCCAAAACACUUUUCUGGCCCCAAACUUUUUGGAUAAGGGAGACUGAACCUGUAUUUUGAAAAACAGUGGGCCUUCUUUUUCAUUGUGUCUGAUGUUUGGCUCUCUUUUCGACGCACCUAAUAAAUGGCUGCUGUUUACUGUAUAGUUCAGCACCUGCUAAAGUAACAAACAGGAAUCUUAUUAAAGUCAUCUUUCUGAAUGCUUCUCAUAGGAAUAAACAGAAAACAAGUGACACAAGAAUAGAAGUGAAGCUGCUUUCAGUAAUUCAAAUAUAGCACUGGAUAUUGUCAUAACUGGAGGAUUAUAGAGUUCAAAAAAGUGUAAUGGUUGUUGUUGGGAAUCUAAAGGUAUAUUCCAGUCUACUAUAACCAUAUAACCUCACUUCCUCACAUGGUUUGAGCAGAAACUUCCAAAAUAUUCAGAGAUUCUGAAGCUUUUUUUUUUUUAAUGUUGUUCGUUGCCAUCAGAUUAUGUGGCACAAUGUGAAAAACUGCAAGUUAGGAUGAACAGAGGCUUCAAAGGAUGGAACAUUCCAUUGUGCAGGUCACUAGUUUUCAAAGGAAAACCGCAGACCUGUUAACUAUUAAUAUGUGCUACAUCAGCCAGGAUAGCAAUAAGAAGUUAUUAAUGAUAUCUGGUCAGAUAUUUGUAGAAUUGUGCUGCUGUUAUUGUUUUAUCACUUUGAAACUGUAGAUUGUCAAGUGUUUCCAGAAAAAUCAAUUUUUUAAAAACAAAAAUACAUGCAACAAAAGAUUUCCAACAUAAUAUAAUGUGCAGUGCGUAUUAGUAAGGAACCCCAAAAAUCUUUGGUGGGGUGCAGGAGACAUCCUUUUGGCCACAGAAUGAUACCAUUUAAAAAAAUAGCACAAAGUGGGAAUGAAGAGUGGGCCACUGGUCUCUUCCUGAUCAUUUGAGACUAUUCUUCAGCAGCCACUAAAUAUUUGGUUAUUAUGAGAUAAAGUAAGCAUAACACUUGAUCUUAAAAUAACACUGGUCUUGCCAUUCAGUGGGUAAUAUGUGCCCAAAAGCAGGACCUUGACUGUGGCUGUGAAUCUUGUCUUCCCAUGUCCAAAACCCCACAUGGCACUCCUGUAUAAGGAUCGUGCUUCAGUGUAAAGAUGCAGUAUUAGUGUAGAGAUGCACUGAACCAGUGUGAGUAAAGUGUGAAUGUAAUGUGGGCAGUGAUUGGUUUGUGUAUUUGUAUGAAGCAAAUCUGUAGUUGCUCUUGUUGGAGGACUCUGUCCCUUCAAACCCUGCCUUUUUGUCAUCCCUGCUCUUCUCCCUGCAGCCAGAGAUGACUGCUGAGAUACCGUCUUGUACCAAAGAUAGUGUGAAAAGUUGGACAGAUAGUUCCAUCUUGCUGACUCACAUAAAGAAGUGUGCAACCUUGAAGUUGCCACUUUCCCCUACCUUCAGGCAGAGGCAUGGCUGGAACCAGCCCUUUGUUACCAUUUUCAGUGUUACUUAAGUGUAUAUAUAGUAUGUGUGAUGAAGAAUUGUGGUGUUUUAACACGUGAUGUAGAAUUCUUAGCAAUAGCACUCUUGCCUGUCCUGUUUUCAUGUCAGCAUGUCUUACUUGUGUCCCUUGCCUUUCAUGUGUUCCUCUGUGCUCAUGCUCUCCUCUUUGUGUGUUACAGCACAACUUGUUUGCUCAGAUCAGCUCAGGAUUCAGGAGCAGGGAAACUUGCAAUGAGGAACAUAGGCCAGGCUAGGGCACUUCUUUGUAUGUUGAUCUACUCGCAGCUUAGCCAAAUUAAUGUUUUUUUACUUACGGAUCCCAAAAUCCCUCUGUCAUCAUGCCUGGUGCCAUGCGGAUGGAUGGAUGGAUGGAUGGAUGGAUGGAUGGAUGGAUUAUAGGAUUUGUGGUGAAAAAAGUAGCAUUGCAAAGUUUGGGUCCACUUGCUGUAAGAAAUGUCAUGGGGUAACAUUCCCCAUCUUAGCUUCUCUCUAGGGAUUCUAGCUUCCCUAUAACAAUUUCAGAGAUGAAGCCCUUUGCAAGAGACGCUACCCAGGAAUCAGGAUUGUUUCAGAUGUGACUUGCAGACAAAAUUGUACUAAAUGCUAUCCUUACAACAGUAGCCUAAAAACAUUUAUUGAGCAGCAAAUCCAUUGCGGUAGCUGUGGACCUCACUACCAGGCAAAUUGUGUUAAGGAUUGCACCAUAUAGUAUUUCUCAUCAAUAGGGAAACUUUGUGUAUUCUUUGUAUACUUUUUACAUGUUUAAAUGUGUAAAAAUAUGUAUGUUGUAUAUACCAUCCUGUUGUAAACAUGUAUACUUGUUCACACUUUAUUGUCCAAACAUAGAUAAAGCAUGAAAGUAAUUAUUUAAAAUAUACUUGUAUUUAUACCUCAGAUACUCUUGGGGGGCAGGCAGAAUGUGUGUACCUCAAGUUGUCUAUCCUUCCCUCCACCAUGUAAAUAUGUUCUAUACAGUUAAGGUCUAAGUAAAAGGAAAAAAGUUUAUAACUUGCUAUUAUUAUGUCUGUACAAAACAUAAUCAAUAAAUGCACUAUUAAAUGUU